AUGCAGGGUCCCAGUCGUGUGUAUCUCUUCGGAGAUCAGACUGCUGAUUUUGACUCGGGCCUUCGGCGUCUGCUGCAAGCCAAGAAUGACUCGCUCCUAACCGCCUUCUUCCAGAAGUGCUAUCAUGCUUUGCGGAGGGAGAUCAGCAAGCUGCCGCCAUCUGAGCGGCAGAUGUUCCCCCGUUUCACGAGCAUUGUUGAUCUUCUAGCAAGAUAUCGUGAGCAUGGUCCCAACGCUGCUUUGGAAAGCACGUUGACGACUAUUCAUCAGCUGGGAUGCUUCGUUCACUACUAUGGAGACCUUGGAAAUGCCUAUCCUUCUGGAUCCGAGAGCUUCAUUGUCGGUCUUUGCACAGGCGAGCUGGCUUCUGCAGCCGUGAGCUCGUCAAAGACCGUUGGAGAGCUCAUGGCGGCCGGUGUGGAGACCGUUGUUCUGGCUCUUCGACUUGGAAUGUGUGUUUUCAAAGUAAAAGAUCUGGUAGAGGUGAACAAGUCAGCAUCUCCUAGCUGGUCUGUAUUGGUAUCAGGAAUCAGGGAGCAGGAAGCUCAGGCACUGAUUGAAAAAUUCGGCAAGGUGAAUGCGAUUCCCCUCGUCUCCCAGCCAUAUGUCAGCGCUGUCAGCCAAAAUGGGGUGACAAUCAGUGGUCCUCCAACUACUUUGGAUCGAUUCAUCGAAAAAUCACUUUCUAAGGAACACAAGCCUAUGAGAGUCCCCAUCCAUGCUGCAUACCAUGCCUCACAUCUCUAUGACGAGAGGGAUGUCAGCCGUAUCAUGGAAUCUUGGCCAAAAGACGAUUUCUCAAACUACGUUCCGCAGAUCCCAAUCAUCUCAAGCGAGACAGGAGCCGUGGUUGAUGCUCAAAAUCUGGAAGAGUUGUUGAGAUUUUCCCUUUCAGAGAUUCUUAUUCGACAGCUCUGCUGGGACAAGGUCGUCGAUGCAUGCUCCUCGACUUUGAAAAUGGCAGAUGGAAAAUGCACCUUGCUACCCAUCUCAAGUACUGCAACACAAAGUCUCUACUCGGCCCUGAAGAAAUCUGGAGUUUCCGAUAUUGAGCUCGACUGUGCUAUCGGCGAUGUCAAGAAAGAUCCUAAGGGUGAAAACCACAGCGGUCGCUCAGAGCAGUCCAAGAUUGCUAUUAUUGGCCUCUCUGGACGUUUCCCCGAGGCCCCUGACACUGAGGCUUUGUGGGAUCUCCUUUACAAAGGACUCGAUGUCCACCGUGAAGUCCCAGCAGACCGUUGGGACGUCAAGGCUCACGUGGAUAUGGAUGGAAACCGACGAAACACCAGCAAAGUGCAAUACGGAUGUUGGAUUAACGAGCCAGGUCUCUUUGAUCCUCGAUUCUUCAAUAUGUCUCCUCGUGAGGCGUUGCAGGCUGAUCCUGCUCAGCGAAUGGCUCUUCUCACCGCGUACGAGGCUUUCGAAAUGGCCGGUUUCAUUCCGGACAGCACCCCAUCUACUCAGAAGAACCGAGUUGGCGUUUUCUAUGGCAUGACCAGUGAUGAUUACCGUGAGAUUAACAGUGGUCAAGACAUUGACACUUAUUUCAUCCCCGGUGGCAACCGUGCUUUCACCCCUGGUCGCAUCAACUACUAUUUCAAGUUCAGCGGUCCCAGUGUUAGCGUUGAUACAGCAUGCUCCUCCAGUCUUGCUGCAAUUCACGUGGCAUGCAACUCACUUUGGAAGAAUGAUUGUGAUUCUGCUGUGGCAGGUGGUGUCAACGUUCUGACCAACCCUGACAACCACGCCGGUCUUGACCGCGGCCACUUCCUCUCGCGAGGCGGAAACUGCAACACCUUUGACGAUGGUGCUGAUGGCUACUGCCGAGCCGAUGGUAUUGGCUCGGUUGUGUUGAAGAGACUUGAAGAUGCUCAAGCAGACAAUGAUCCCAUCUACGGUAUCAUCAACGGCGCGUACACGAACCACUCCGCCGAGUCUGUCUCCAUCACUCGCCCCCUUGCCGGCGCACAAGCUUUCAUCUUCGACAAACUGCUCAACGAAGCCGAUGUCAACCCCAAGGAUGUCAGCUACAUUGAGAUGCACGGAACUGGUACUCAGGCCGGCGAUGCCGUGGAGAUGCAAUCUGUUCUGGAGGUUUUCGCUCCUGACUAUCGUCGUGGCCCAUCUCAAUCGCUCCACCUUGGAUCGGCAAAGUCAAACAUUGGUCAUGGAGAAUCCGCCUCUGGUGUGUCUGCCUUGAUCAAGGUCCUGGUAAUGAUGCAGAAAAACAUGAUUCCUCCUCACUGUGGAAUCAAGACCAAGAUCAAUCACAACUUUCCGACCGACCUUAAGCAGCGAAAUGUUCAUAUCGCCAUGGAGCCCACUCCAUGGAGCCGUCCUGCCGGUGGAAAGCGAUCUAGCUUCGUCAACAACUUUUCCGCCGCUGGUGGAAACACUGCAUUGUUGAUAGAAGAUGCUCCUAUCCAAGAGCGCACCGGUGUUGAUCCUCGAUCGGUGCAUACAGUGACCAUUUCGGCGAGAUCUCAAUCUGCCGUCAAGAACAACGCCGCUGCUCUGAUUCAAUACAUUGACACGAACAAGAACCUUUUCAAUGUUAAUGAGGGCAAGCUUCUUGCCGAUCUUGCCUAUACUACCACUGCCCGACGCAUUCACCAUCCAUUCCGGGUCAGCGCCACUGGAUCUACCUUGGAUGAGAUUCGAGCCGGUUUGAAUGCAAGUGCAAACCGUGAGAGCAUCACUCCCGUUCCUGCUACUGCACCUGGGGCUGGAUUCAUUUACACUGGUCAAGGCGCCCAAUACAGUGGCAUGGGAAGCCAGCUGUUUGAGAAUAACUCCCAGUUCCGAACUCACAUUGAGCACUUGGAUUGCAUUGCACAGAGCUUUGGCUUCCCCUCAAUUGUGCCUUUGGUGGAUGGAAGCGUCCCUGUGGAGGAACUCAGCCCCAUCGUGACCCAAUUGGGAACCACUUGCAUCCAGAUGGCCCUGACCAAGUUCUGGAUCUCUGUUGGUGUUACUCCUGCCUUUGUUCUCGGACAUAGUCUGGGCGAGUAUGCCGCAUUGAAUGCUGCUGGUAUUCUGAGCACCAGUGAUACCAUCUACCUUGCUGGUCGACGAGCACAGCUCCUCACCGAGAAAUGCCAGAUGGGAACCCACGCCAUGUUGGCUGUGAAGUCGUCAGUGGCUCAAGUCAAGCAAUACUUGGAAGAUGAUGUCGCUGAAGUUGCUUGCAUCAAUGCACCCAGUGAGACUGUCAUUAGUGGCUCCAAUGAGAAGAUUGAUCAAUUUGCCGAGAAGCUGGCCAAUGAAGGCUUUAAGGCUACCAAGCUCAAGGUGCCUUUUGCUUUCCACUCUGCUCAGGUUGACCCUAUCCUUGAAAGCCUCGAAGACAUUGCUAAGGGAGUUACCUUCAAUGAGCCUAAGCUUCCCUUCGUUUCCGCUCUUCUCGGAGAUGUUAUCAAGGAGGCCAACCUUGAUGUCCUUGGCCCCAGCUAUCUUACUCGCCACUGCCGUCAGUCUGUCAACUUCCUGGCUGCCCUGGAGGCAAUUCGUCAUGAGAAGUUGAUGAACGAUAAGACUCUCUGGGUUGAGAUUGGAUCUCACCCCGUGUGCUCUGGAAUGGUCAAGUCUACCUUUGGUCCCCAAGCUCUCACAGUGGCAUCCCUCCGUCGCCAGGAGGAUGCAUGGAAGGUUCUUUCGACAAGCAUGUCUGCCCUCUACAUGGCUGGAGUUGAUCUUCGUUGGAAGGAGUACCACCAAGAUUUUAGCUCCAUGCACGAUGUACUCAACCUUCCCGCCUACAAGUGGGAUUUGAAGAAUUACUGGAUUCCAUACACCAACAACUUCUGUCUUCUGAAGGGUGCUCCUGCCACACCAGUCGCUGAAGCUGCCCCUGUUACCACCUUCUUGACUACUUCUGCCCAGAAGAUUCUGGACACAAGUGGAGACAGCACUAAGGCCACUGUGACCAUCGAAAAUGACAUCGACGAUCCCGAGCUGAACCGUGUUAUCCAGGGUCACAAGGUCAAUGGAGCCGCUCUCUGCCCAUCCUCUCUCUAUGCCGAUAUUGCUCAAACACUGGGCGAGUUUUUGGUCGAGAAGUAUAAGCCCGAGUGGAAGGAACGUGGCUUUGAUGUUUGCGAAGUAGUUGUGCCAAAGCCCCUCAUUGCAAAGGGUGGCAAGCAACUGUUCCGGGUUUCGGCAACUUCAAACUGGGCCGAGGAGAAGGCUCAAGUCAAGGUCUGGUCUGUUACUCCCGAGGGUAAGAAGAUUCUUGACCAUGCUACUUGCACGAUCAAGUUCUUCGACACUAAAAUGGCGGCGGAAGAGUGGAAGCGCCAUUCUUACCUGAUCAAGCGAAGCAUUCGGCAUCUUCAGGAAAGCACCGAGUCUGGUGGAGCCCACCGCAUGAAGCGUGGAAUGAUUUACAAGUUGUUCAGUGCUCUUGUGGACUAUGACGAAAACUACAAGUCCAUUCAAGAAGUGAUUCUAGAUAGUGAGCAGCACGAAGCCACUGCAUUGGUCAAAUUUGCUGCUCCUCCAGGAAACUUCCACCGCAAUCCAUUCUGGAUUGACAGCAUUGGCCAUCUUUCUGGUUUCAUCAUGAAUGCCAGUGAUGGUAUUGAUUCCAAGAACCAGGUGUUCGUCAACCAUGGAUGGGACUCAAUGCGUUGCUUGAAGAAGUUUGACCCCAAUGUCACCUACCGUACUUAUGUUCGCAUGCAGCCUUGGAAGGACUCGAUCUACGCUGGAGAUGUGUACCUCUUUGAGGGAGACGACAUCGUUGCUGUCUACGGCGGAGUCAAGUUCCAGGCUCUGUCACGGAAGGUUUUGGACAUGGCACUUCCUCCUGCUGGCUCUAAGCCCGCUCCUGCUCCUGCUAAGGCCAGGCCCGCACCUAUUGACACCAAGAAGGCUCGCGCAUCUCCAGUCAAGAAGGCCGCGGCUCCUCCCAAAUCUGCCGACUCUGGCAUUGCUGCGAAGGCUCUGAACAUCCUGGCAGAGGAAGUUGGUCUUUCUGCCUCUGAGAUGACAGACGACCUGAACUUUGCAGACUACGGAGUUGAUUCCUUGCUCUCCUUGACAGUGACUGGUCGUUACCGAGAGGAGAUGAACCUUGACUUUGACUCCAAUAUCUUCAUUGAUCAGCCUACGAUCAAGGACUUCAAGCAGCUCCUGGCCUCAAUGAGUCCCGAGAGUAGCAGCGAUGGAUCUAGCAGCGAUAAUGACGUUUCAUCCGCCGCAUCAUCAACCGAUAUCUCGACUCCCAACUCCAGUGGCUUGCCUACACCAGCUAACGAGAAGACCAUGCUUCUGGAGACCGAACAACAGCAUGACAGCAUGAAGCAGAUCUGCGAGAUUCUCGCCGAAGAGAUUGGUGUCGGGCCCGAUGAGCUUCAGGGAGAUGUCAAUCUCGCAGAAAUGGGCCUGGAUUCAUUGAUGUCGCUUACCGUGUUGGGUAAGAUCCGCGAAACCUUGGACCUCGAGCUAUCUGGCGAGUUCUUCAUUGAGCACCAAACUGUCAACGAGGUGGAAAUUGCUCUUGACCUAAAGCCAAAGGCCGCUCCUCCUCCUGAGCCAAUUCAGCUCCCCAAGCAGAUCCCAGCGGAGGCCCCCAAGGUCCUUUCUACCACAGCAAUCCAGCACCCCCCAGCAACUUCCAUCCUCUUGCAGGGAAACCCUAAGACAGCCACACAGAAGCUGUUCCUAUUCCCCGACGGCUCGGGAUCCGCUACUUCUUACGCCUCAAUCCCAGGCAUCUCUCCCGAUGUCUGCGUGUACGGACUUAACUGCCCCUACAUGCGGAACCCAGAGAACCUGAACUUCAGCCUGGACGAGCUGACAUUCCCCUACGUGGCCGAAAUCCGUCGCCGACAGCCGAAAGGCCCGUACAACUUCGGCGGCUGGUCAGCAGGAGGUAUCUGUGCCUACGAUGCAGCCCGCCACCUGAUCUUCGAUCAAGGUGAGCAAGUCGACCGUCUGCUCCUCCUGGACUCUCCAUUCCCCAUCGGUCUCGAGAAGCUUCCUCGCCGUCUAUACAAGUUUUUCGAUACCAUUGGUCUGUUCGGCGAGGGCAAGGCUCCUCCACCCAGCUGGCUGCUUCCUCAUUUCCUGGCCUUCAUUGACUCCCUGGAUGCAUAUAAGGCUGUGCCUUUCCCCUUCGAUGAUGAGAAACUUGCCGAUAAGCUCCCCAAGACUUUCAUGGUCUGGGCUAAGGAUGGUGUCUGCAACCAGCCGAAUGAUCCUCGUCCUGCACCUGCUGAGGAUGGAAGCCCUGAUCCAAGGGAGAUGCUGUGGCUGCUGAACAACCGGACCGAUCUUGGACCUAAUGGAUGGGACACUCUUGUUGGCCCAAAGAAUGUUGGUGGCAUUACUGUGAUGGAGGGUGCGAAUCAUUUCACUAUGACUCGUGGUGAGAAGUCUAAGGAGCUGGCGGCAUUCAUUGCUAGAGCUAUGGAGUCUUCGCGUUGA